GCGCUCCAAUCACUGACCUCACUGAAAAAUACACGGUUCAAAGUUCCAGCAUCGUUCAAGAAGACACCGCUAAAAGCACUUCGAGCAGGUCUAUAAUAACUACUCGCGAACCUGACAAAAAAUCAUCAACAAAUAUUCCCGAACAGCCCGAGACUAACGCCAUGGCUCAAAACACUCAGGACACCACGGCUGAAGACACUACAGCUCAAAACAUUACAAGCACAUUUGACGCCCUUCAUCUUGAUCCUCCAAUCACUCCACCCGAAACUGUGGAAUCCCUUCGUGCAUAUGAAAAGAGCCAGGCGAAGCACAGAAAUCGCAUGGAACAUGGCUUCACGUGGCCCACUUUGAUGCCCGAUAUCAUUAGAAGACAGGUUUUCUGGGGUUUCACUGAUGAUGUUGACGCUCCUGAAGACUGGGUACUGGUGUACGGACAGAAGAUAGUGAAGUAUGGGUCAGAUGAGUACACAAAUAAGCAAUUAUCAGACCUCGAAGAUGAAAUGCCCGGUGUUAUUUAUAUCCCAGUUGAUCCAUUACUUCGUGAAAAAUAUCUUCAUCCAGUUCCCGCGCGGCGAGGGCGGUGA